ACCAGAAGGGUUCGUGUGAAGAAUUUAAAAACAGGAAACAAAUCUUUGUGUUCUUCAAUGGCUUCUCCUUGUAAGAACCCAAGUCCAAGUCCGAGUCCGAGUCCCAGCAGUAGCGGGUCCUAUAGUUUUAUUGAAGAUGAUCAAAGUGAGGCAGUUAGAAGGGGGCCAUGGAGUGUUGAUGAGGAUUCUCUUCUUAUUCAUUCUAUUUCUGUCCAUGGAGAAGGCCGUUGGAAUUUGCUUGCUAUUCGUUCAGGGCUUAGAAGGACAGGGAAGAGUUGUAGACUGAGAUGGCUUAAUUAUCUAAAACCUGAAGUGAAGAGAGGAAAUCUUUCUCCACAAGAACAGCUUUUGAUUCUUGACCUUCAUUCCAGAUGGGGCAAUAGGUGGUCAAAAAUUGCACAGCAAUUACCGGGAAGAACGGACAAUGAAAUAAAAAACUACUGGAGAACCAAAGUGCAAAAACAAGCAAAGAUUCUCAACAUCAGCACCAAUAGCCCAGAAUUCAAAGACAUUAUCAACCGCUUUUGGAUCCCUAGAUUACUCCAUCAAAUAAACGAUUCUUCUUCUUCUUCUUCUUCUCCUCCUCCGCCGCCACACACGGCGGCCACACACCCAACCCCUCAAUUUUCCGAUUCCGAUUCACUUCCGGCAGCCGAUGGGAAGCGUCGCCAUUUUGAGCAAAACAGCACCAGUUCGGAAUCUGUGGAAAUCUCGCAGGUCUCUGAUCCAUUCUCUGACGUCCCAUCAUGGAACUACGGCGGCGGCGAGACGGCGGCGGCGAAUUUUGAAUACACGAUAGGGGAUUCUUUGUUGCAACAUACGGAUUGGAUCGACGACGACGAUUCUUUUAACGGCUGCUUAUGGAACUUCGACGGCUUGUGGCAGUUCUAGUUUUUAAUUAAACAGCUAAUUGGAUCUCUUUUUUUCUUUUUCUUUUUGGAAAAUAAACUUAGCGCUUUCUUUUAUAUUAUUAUUUUGUUAUUUUUUAAAUUUAUUUCUGUGAAAAAUAACAAAAUAUUUUAACUUUCCC